AUGUUAAAUGUAGUCUGCCUGUGGUUCUGUCAUGUGUAUGGUUUUAGUAUGUUCAAAAUAUUAUAUCUUAUAUUUUGAUUAGGGUUUCUUCUAGUGUUUAGCUUUAGCCUUUCACAUAAAAGAGAAAAUAGCAAAAAAAUUUGAGAGUUUAUUCAUAAUGGCUACAACGCCAUCGUAUAACAACGACAAAGUGGUGACAGGGGAGGUUGAAUACCCUGCAGGUGACCCAGCAUCUGGAGCUUUCUUCCAACCAGAUUAUAAAAAAAAUGAAGAUCUAAAGCAAAUGUUAGAUGGUUCUAAAGAUUCAUUGAAACUUGAAGCUAUGAAAAGGAUUAUUGGGAUGAUUGCUAAAGGAAGAGAUGCAUCUGACAUGUUUCCAGCGGUAGUUAAAAAUGUUGUAUCAAAAAACAUUGAGGUGAAAAAACUUGUGUAUGUGUACUUAGUGCGGUAUGCAGAAGAGCAACAGGACUUGGCACUGUUGUCUAUUAGCACCUUCCAGAGAGCCCUUAAGGACCCAAACCAAUUGAUUCGUGCCAGUGCUUUGCGGGUGCUGUCAUCAAUCCGUGUUCCAAUGAUAGUUCCCAUAGUGAUGUUAGCUAUUCGAGACUCAGCCAGCGAUAUGAGUCCUUACGUGAGGAAGACGGCUGCUCAUGCCAUACCUAAAUUGUAUAGCUUAGACCCAGAGCAAAAAGAGGAGUUGGUGGGAAUAAUAGACAAGCUGUUGUCUGACAAAGCACCCCUUGUAGUUGGUUCUGCUGCUAUGGCCUUUUCUGAGGUGUGUGCUGAUCGAAUGAGCCUUAUACAUCGGAGUUACAGGAAGCUUUGUGCGCUAUUAGCUGAUGUUGAUGAGUGGGGUCAGCUGGCCUUACUAAACGUUCUCACUGUAUAUGCUAAGACGUGCUUCCCGGAUCCAAAUCUUGAAAAUUACUCAAGUGACGGUGAGGAAAAACCAUUCUACGACUCAGAUAGUGAGACCAGUGAUCACAAAAGGACUGUCUCACCAUCAGUGGACCCUGAUCUUCGACUGCUCCUACGGGCAGCAAAACCUCUUUUGCAAAGCAGAAACGCGGGUGUGGUUAUGGCGGUCGCACAAUUAUUUUAUCACUGUGGCCCGAUACAAGAACUCCCGCCCGUGGCUAAGGCGAUGGUUCGUUUGCUUCGUGCUCAUGUUGAAGUUCAGAGUGUGGUCCUCAACUCUAUUGCAGCGCUUACUGUCUCUAAGAGGUCACUCUUUGAGCCAUUCCUCAAAUCUUUCUUCGUGCGUAACUCGGACCCCACGCACAUAAAGUUGUUGAAACUGGAAAUACUAACGAACCUAGCGACUGAAGCUAGCGCUCCCGUGGUGUUACGUGAAUACCAGACAUAUGUCACUUCCAGUGAUAAGGCAUUCGUGGCCGCUACCAUUCAGGCUAUAGGAAGGCUAGCCGUGGCCAUACAAACUGAGACUGAGACCUGCUUGAAUGGUCUUCUUCAUUUGCUGUCGAGUAAGGAUGAAUGGGUGGUAUGUGAGGCGGUAGUGGUGGUGAAACGAGUGGUAGGCGGUGGCGCUAGUUCUGCGCGUGCGGCUGUUUCUCGAGCUGCGAAAUUACUGCGUUCGGAUAGACUAGCGGGUAAUGCACGCGCGGCAGCUGUGUGGCUGGUGGCGGAACACGGGGCGAAGCACCCUCGAGCCGCUGCCAUUUUAGCCCAUAUGGUAUCCAAUUUCGCCGACCAGGAAGAAUUAGUUAAACUACAACUCCUGUCGCUAGCGGUAAAACUAUCCAUAACCCAGCCAGACACAUUACCAAUGUGCAAAUAUGUCUUGCAUCUCGCUCGCUACGACGCAAGUUAUGAUGUGAGAGACAGAGCUAGAAUGCUUCGCAAGUUUAUUGAGCCCCAAAAUGAAUCGCUAUUAGCACAGUACGCGUCGCACAUAUUUUGUCCGGAUAAACCGAAGCCCACUAUACAGAGUAAUUUUAAGGAUCGCGAUCAAUAUACGUUAGGAUCUCUAUCCCAGUACAUUGGAAGUGCGGCGGGAGGGUAUACGCCAUUACCGAGUGCACCCGCGCAAGCGUUGGCGGCUGAAUUACGAGAACCGCCACCGCCGGAAGUACAGCCUACGCCUGUUCAGAAGAACAAAAAAACAUUCUACUCUGAACCGGAAGGUGAGUCUGCCUCAGGGUCUACAUCUUCUGCCUCCGAUUCCUCCUCGGGCUCCGAAGAAUCUUCUGACGAGGAUGAAGGAAACGAUAAUGAAGAAAAGCCCAAACAAACGAACAACUACAAGUCCAACUCUGACAGUUCGGAUAGUGAGUCUGACAGCGCAUCAUCGAGCUCUGAUAGUGGGAGUGAUAGCGAGGCCUCUAGCGAAGAGGAGGCACCGAAAAAUGACACUAAGCCGCCAGAACCGGUAAAAGAAGAGACGGUGAAGAAAAAUGAAAAGUCUAACCUGGAACUCUUGUUAGAAUUGGAUGAGGUGGCCAGCACCCUGCCAACCAUGACGCCAACGUGUGGAGGAUUCCUUUCACCCCCUACUAUGGCCCCUUCGGGGAUAGCUGAAGAAGACAUGAUAACUCCAGUCGGUCCAAGCAUAGUUCCGAACCGAAGCAUCGAACUGAUAUCCCGUGUGAUGUCUGGCGGUUUGUCCGUAAACGCUCGAUGGACACGCGCGCCUCACCUCUACUCGGCCAAAAUGUGCGCUAUACAGCUCACUAUAACAAAUCACACGUCUGAUGACGUCACAGAUAUACGGGUUAAUAAGAAGAUAGUAUCGGGAUCCCGCAGUAUACACGAGUUUCCUUCUAUACCAUCGUUAGGCCCCGGCGCUUCCACAAAUACAUUAUUAGGCGUUGACUUCGCUGACUCCAUACAACCCGUUGAAUUUACCAUCGCUAGUUCUUUAGGUGAGAUGAAUAUAGUAAUAACACCACAAGUCGGUGAACUAAUUCGGGCUGUUAAUAUGUCUGAAACCCGCUGGGGGCAAGAACAAAGAAAACUUAGAGGAAUGACAGAGUGCGACAAAAAGGCACCAAGGAUGGAGAAUGAUCUGAUAAUGUGUUCUAAAGUGUUUGAGACUGCAAAUCUCGGUGCUGUUGAGUCGCCAAUAAAUUUUCUCAAGUUCGCGGGCCGUUUGAUGUCAUCUCAAGAUUUGGUGUUGCUCUCAGUGCGAGUUGAGAGCGAUUAUUCCAAAGUGACCGUUAAUUGCCCCAAUAUGGUCAUUUCUUCUAUGUUAGCUAACGAAAUUGCUAGUUCAUUCAGUAAAUAUUAUUAGCCGUUUUUAAAAUAAUUUAAAAUUAUGAGAUUAAAGUUUAUUGUAUAUCGAAUUCUCUUCUUUGUUAAAAAACAUUCCAAUUUCGUUAAUGUAACGUCCUUUAUUAACUUUUGCUUAAUUUCAGGAAUUAAAACUAUUUUAAUUUUAAAACGAAAUGGGUUUAAAAAAACGAUCGUAAUUUUUUAUUUAUGCAUUUAUUCAUAGUACUUA